AUGGGCUCCGGUGCCGCCACUCUGUUUUGGUUUGACCGGUUGGCUGGGAACUGCCCUUUCGCCGCCCGCUUCCCCGACUUGUUCUCCAUCGCGGUUGAACUUAGGAUCUCCGUCGAGGUCACUCUUAUUGACUUAGGGUGCCUCGUUUUCCGGAGGGCAUUUGGGCCUCUGGAUCUUGCAACUGAUUGCAUUGCUCUCCAUGAGCCGGAUGUGGAUCUUGCGACCGACUGCAUCUCCUGGCGUCUGGAGCCCUCAGGUGUCUUCUCCACCAAGUCCCUUUACCAGGCCAUUGCGCCCUCCACCGCCCCUCUUCCCCUCACUGCGGUGUGGUCCAUUAGGCUACCUCUGAAGAUUAGGAUCUUCAUGUGGCAAUGGAUCCGUGGCCGGACCCCUUCCGGCGUGGAGGUCCGCAAGCGGAAUGGCCCGGGUAGGCUGUGCCCCCUUUGCGGGACGGACGAGGACUCAAAUCACAUCUUCUUCUCCUGCGUGUACGCCCAAUUCCUCUGGAGCUGCUUUCGGGAGGCGGUUGGCGGUCGUUGGUGUAACACCAACUUUCCCGACCUAUUCGCCGAACUGCAAGCCUCCCCCCAGAGCGCUCGCCACAUUAGGUGGUUGGAGAUUGGGAUCCUCGCCUGGACCCUGUGGACGAUCAGCAAUAAACUUGUGAUCCAGCGCGUUCCGCUCCGACGAGCUACUGACGCUAUCUUCAAACUGUGUGGUUACCUAUAG